UGCAGAACCGAUUUUCUUGAACAUGGAGUGCAGGAGAAGGAGGAGGCGGCGUGUGUGACUUUGUACCAGUCCAGCGGAUAAGGCGCGUAGUAAAUGCCCGGGCGGCUGCAGUGAGUGAGUGAGUGAGCGAGCGAGCGGGAGAGUCCUCGGUGUCCCCACGCUGCCUGUGCCUCCCCAUCCACCAUCCAUCGCGUCCUCCUCCUCGCUCCCUACGCCCUCCUCUGCACCUUCUUCUUCACCUUGAAGUUCUUCGUGCCCGUCCGUCGUUCGCCGCCUGCACCACCUGCCAUCAUGCUGCUGUCCCUGGUGGUCCACACGUACUCGCUGCGCUACUGGUUCCCCGCCGCCGUCAUGCUGGGCACGGCUCCGGCGUACCUGCUCACGUGGGGCGCGUGGCGCGCGCUGUCCGCCGUGCUGCCCGCGCGCCUCUACCACACCAUGGACGAUCGCAUCUACUGGCUGUACCAGAGCAUGGUGCUCUUCUUCUUCGAGAACUACACGGGGGUCGAGGUUGUGAUUUAUGGCGACAUACCAAAGACUAAAGAGGAUGUGGUCUACCUUUCCAAUCAUCAGUGCACAGUGGACUGGAUCAUUGCUGACAUGCUGGCUAUCAGGCAGAACGCACUGGGUCACGUGCGGUACGUUUUAAAGGACGGCCUCAAGUGGCUUCCUCUGUACGGGUGGUAUUUCUCCCAGCAUGGAGGCGUGUACGUGAAGCGAAGCUCCAGGUUUGACGAGAAGGCCAUGAGGAAGAAGCUGAUCUCUCAGACGAACUUGGGAACUCCUAUGUACCUUGUGAUUUUCCCAGAAGGAACUCGAUACAACCCAGAGCUCAGGAAAGUGAUCAGCGAAAGCCAAGCUUUUGCCAGCAAGGAAGGCCUUGCGGUUCUGAAGCACAUUUUGACCCCGAGGAUGAAAGCUGCUCACAUAGCGAUCGAGACGAUGAAGAACCAUCUGGGCGCUGUGUAUGACAUCACUGUGGCCUAUGAGAGAAGCGUGGAUGCGAAAGGUCAGAGGAAGGCAGCCCCUUCGAUGCCAGAAUUCCUAUGUAAGGAAUGCCCACGAGUCCACGUCUACUUUGAACGGGUGGAUGUGAAGGAAAUUCCUCCAGAACCAGCAUUCUUCCGCAGAUGGCUUCACGAGAGGUUCGAGAUCAAGGACAAGCUGCUGACCGCUUUCUAUGAUUCAGAAGACCCGGACAAGAGGUACAGGUUUCCUGGCGAGAGCCGGAGGUCUCCUCUCAGCCUCAAGAAGACUUUGCCCUCGCUCCUUUUUCUGGGCGGCCUCACGAUGCCAAUGCUGUUGACGGAGUCCGGCAGAAAACUGUAUGUAAAAACCUGGAUUUACGGCACUUUGGUCGGAUGGCUGUGGGUCAGCAUUUCUCCAUAAGGAUGAACAGGAGGAUGGGCCGGGGAAACUGCCAUCGAGCUGGUUUUGUAAACGGCGAUCUUCUUCCAAGCGUUCACUGAGUGGACAGGGGUGGGAAUUAAGGAGAGGAAAAUCUAAGUCUUCAGCUUCAAAGACCUUUUACAAAUAAGGGCGCUUUAUAUGUCCCUUUAAUAGAUUGAGUAGAGAAAAUACUUUUCCCGCCCUCGUUCACCCCACCUUCAUGUCACCUCCUGUCUACUCUGUUGUUGGUCUUUCACACUUAGUCAGCUAAGUUUCCCACAUUUGAGUCCAUCCCUUCACUCCAUCCUGAUAAGGAUGUGUUUCUCAGACUCUGAGAAGUGUCUUUUGCUCUUUGAAUGUCAACGUCCUCCAUCAGAGUUGUUAAAUUAGCUUCCUGUCAAAAAAGAACACAAGACUGUGAAAGGGUGAUCAUCGGUGAAUACGAGCAAGGAGGUGUAAGUUUCACAGUCUCCAGGUCUUCGUUUCAACAUGGUCCACUUGUUGAUCGUUUGCCUGAAUUAGCUCUGACAGGCUGUGAUUGAUUCCACGCACAGCUUGAGGUUUUUUCCCCCUGUAUCCUCCAAUUACUUUCAGACACUUCUCUGGAAAAUUGGUUGUGAUUCCAAUAUUCAAAUGUCUCUCUGGGCAAAUGGAUCUUGACUUUCUGUGCAGUUGGUGGCACAUGUUCACUGUCCAGUCUGUGUGUGUAAUUUUUAUAAAUACCCCCCCCUUCAUGAUGCCAUCAUCUGAGAAAUGUCUUUGUGGUUGAGGGGUUGUCACUUUUCCUUCCUCCUUCCUCCCCUCUUUUCCUAUGCGGGUCAGAAUUUUGAAAUUGAAUAGUGAAUUUUUGAGCCUUUCUUUCAUAAAACAUCAUGGGUUUUGCAGCGGAUUCUUCCAAGACAAUUUUUUACCAUGUCUUAUUACAAAGGCUAAGCUUUGUGCAUAGUAAAGCAUAAAGUUUAAACUUUGUAAUCAGAUAUUUUACCUUUAUCAUGCUUUGCAAAGUAAACCUGUGAGGAUAUAGCUAUGUAUCAAAAGCCAAGUAAUGUUUUUUCAUAUACAGCUGUCUUGCUAUAUUUUUGCUUAUGUUUCAUAAUCAGCACUUUUCCCAUUGUUAAAAUGAUGUAAUUUCAUUGUGUAUGCAACAUUCAAGGGUUUUCUUUCUGAAUUAUUUUAAUCACAGUUUGCUAUAUAUGGCUUUCUUGCAUAUUCCUUUUUGCUUAGUGUAAUCAACAGAAAAGUAUUACAGCUGAUGUUGGGUGUAGAAAUGUCGGCCAGUUCCUUCUGAAUUUAGUGUUAAUCGAUAGGAAUCGACGUGUUUCACGAGAUGACUGGUAGGUACCGAGGAAUGCCAUCUUAAAGUGCCAUUUCUUCCCAGAUGUCUGUGCCUUCUCCCAAAUUAAAGAAUUAUCCUGAACCCUCACUCCAAGGACAAUCCUAAGAGACUACAGGGCCCAGGGCUCAUCACGAGCCUCUGGUAAUGCUGUGACUCCAUCGUGUGGACCCAAGUGGAAUUGUUCAAGUCCAUUUCUGGUGUUUGUGUGAUUCCGCCAAUGACUAGUUGUCACAUCCAUUUGUUCAUGUAUGGUGAUGGAAUUUGUAAGUCUUCGGUAAUUUCAGGAGCACUUAAGAGGUAAACAUUAUUAUUGUAGCAGGUUUAACAAAUACCCAGUUUUGCAAGCCAGUAAAUAUCGUGCUAAAUGAAGAAUAUCAAAUGCCACAUGCUACAUUUUAAGUCAUCAGAUUGUAUGGUUGCCAAUUAUUUCAUAACCUGGAUGAAAUUUUACAGAUUUAUAUUGCUAUUAAAAUUACAGUAGUAAAACCAAGAAGUAAAAUAAAUCAAAUGUGUGACACAGUGCUAGUCAAAAAAUAAGAGGAGGGGGGACUGAACAAAUUGAACAUUUACAAAUAAAGUAAUCUUGGACUUUAUCAAAACCUUAAAGAAAAUGUUUGUUUAUAAGGCCAAAUAAGAGAAAAUCUGCAGUCUUUAUCCUUAAAUAUAGCUGUAUUCUCACACCUAGGUAGAAUUGUUGAACUAUUAAUGAUCCUGUGGUGUUCAUUCUGACUUUUCCUGCUUUGCAAAAUGGACUUCUUGGUUUGCAUAAAAAUAUAAAAGUUUGUUUAUUGAAACUUCUUGGUUUUAUAACAUGACUUGGCUUCCAGAAGUUUAGUUUUGAUUGAUUUUCCCCCCAAUGAAAUGCAUCAUGUCUUUUUGAUGUCAUCAUUAGGAUGCUGGGUUUUUUUUUUUUGACAGUUUUGUUCAAUCUUGAGUUACUGUCUUUGGUUUAUUUUGACAUCAACUUACAUCAGUAUUCAAGUGCAGUUUGCUGAGAGGUGGCAGACAUUUGCCUCUGAAACUGUAGCCAUUGUAUUCGCAAGAACCAGAAUGCUACCUCUGGGGGGGGGGGGGGGAGAUGGAAAUAAUCCAAAAAUGUUUGAAUGCAGACAGUGGAAUGCACCAUGCUUCCUGCUUGAACUUUGUUUUGUGGUGGGUUUUUUUUUUUUUUUUUUUUUUU